GUUCCGGUGUCCCCCCCUCCCCGAUACCCUCACGUGCAGAGGCGCUCUCCCACGCCCCCUACAGGGGGUGCUCGUUAUCUGCCCCCUGCCCUUUCUGUCCGCCGGUGUUGGGCUCGGUUCCCGCGCACCUCUGUGUGGUAACGGCGCUGCUCACCCCUCCACGCCGUGAGGCGAUACUGGUAUUACCGGAGGAGGAGGGAGGGGAGGACGGAGCGGCGGUGCGGUGUGCCCCGUUCUGUGGUACAGCAGCGCCCGGGCUGUGCGGUGGGGUUACCCCAGGGUUCGCCAACGCUCCCUCCGCCGCCCGGCCGCACCGUAUUGUUCGCCUGCCCGCUAAUGGCGGCGGCCUGGAGGCAGCAGCGCCACCGGGCGGCCAGUGCUGGAAGUGACAGCGCUGGGGUAUGUAAUUACCCUCUCCUGCUCUGCGCAUACAAAGGACGUGGUUACCUGGGAUGUUCACUGGCCCUAUAGGAAGGUUUGAUUGACAAGAAAGUUCUGGACCUCCAUCUAAUGCAAUGGCUACAGGACUAAAAAAUGUGGGCAAUGCUUUUGGUGGCCCGAUGCCCUCCAAACCCUUCCAGAGCACACCCAUCGUAGAUGACGACGACGAUGAUGUAGUUUUCAUUGAACCUGUACAGAUUCCUCCAAAUGUCCCACCUGUUACUCCAAGAAGUGCAGGAUUUUCUUCAUCGAAAAAUGAAAAACACAGGUCAGAUUCCAAAUCGCACUCUUCCAGCAAGGAUGCAGAAUCUAGCAGGGGAGCAAUAGCCGAGACAAUCAUCAUUGAUGAUGAGGAAGAACCUGAGCCCAGUCGUCUGCAUGACAAAAAUGCUUCCACUUUUAGCAAUCGCAGACUUUUGGACUCCACCAAGUCUGUUAAUGUGGAUUUUCCAUCUCCAUCUUGCUUCUCAAGCAACAAACCAAAUGCUGGGAUGAGUACUGGUAUUACUACUGAGCCUGACUCGGAGAUACAAAUUGCAAAUGUCACCACUCUGGAAUCUGGAAUUAACGCUGUAAGUGAUAGUCAUCAUCACAAUUCUGAAAGUCGGGAUAUGAAUCUGAUGAUCACUCAUGUCACAUCGCUGCAGAACCCCGGCAUGGUAGAGGUGCCUAAUGGAUUACAGGCAACACAUUUUGGUGGCCAUCUGCAGACAUAUCCUUCUCCACUUACCUCACAGGCCAAGUCUGCAACAGGUCCUUAUAACCCAGGAAGAAUUAAUGUUGGUGGUGAUGUAUUCCAAAAUGGGGAAUCUGCAACACAUCAUACUUCUGAUGCCUGGAUUUCUCAGUCUGCAUCAUUUCCACGGAAUCAGCAGCCAGGUGUGGACACGGUGUCACCAGUGGCCUCUCUUCCAAAACAAGUUUUGCAGCCUCCUCCACCGCAGCAGCCUUCAAAAGCUGUUAAAGUGACUUGUGCAAACUGCAAGAAGCCGCUUCAGAAGGGGCAGACCGCCUAUCAGCGCAAAGGGUCCACUCAUCUGUUUUGUUCCACUUCUUGCUUGUCAUCCUUCUCACAGAAACCAGCCCCAAAGAAGCUCUGCACUAUGUGUAAAAAAGAUAUCACAACAAUGAAAGGUACAAUUGUUGCUCAAGUUGAUUCAAGUGAGUCCUUCCAGGAGUUCUGCAGUACUUACUGUUUAUCACUGUAUGAGGACAAGCAGAAUUCUGCCAAAAAUCAAAGCAAAUCAAGAUGCACUAUUUGCGGCAAAUUAACAGAGAUUCGUCAUGAAGUUAGUUUCAAAAACAUGACCCACAAGCUGUGUAGCGAUCACUGCUUCAAUCGCUACAGGAUGGCCAACGGCUUGAUCAUGAAUUGCUGCGAGCAUUGUGGUGAAUAUCUGCCAAGCAAGGGCGCCGGAGACAAUAUACUCAUGGUUGAUGGCCAGUGGAAGAGGUUCUGCAGUCCAGCCUGCCUCAGUGAAUUUAAGCUGAAACACGGAAAACUAACCAGCUGUACCGGAUGCAAAGCUCAAUGCAGAAUAUUCGACAUGACUCAGUGCAUUGGAUCAAAUGGACAUAUGGAACCUUACUGCUCAACAACGUGCAUGAAUACACACAAGGCAAAAUUUGCAAAGCCGCCGCCACCUCCACCACCACCACCACCGCCACCACUGCCGCUUCAGACUCUCAUGCCCAUUCACAAUGCGGGAAUUAUUUGUCAUUUUUGUAAAAGAAACACCUUACCUCAAUACCAAGCCACAAUGCCUGAUGGAAAGAUGUACAACUUUUGUAGCUCUGGAUGUGUAGCCAAGUUUCAGACUCUCAGCAUGCAGUCUUCUACAAAUGGCCAGCAUGUCAGUUGUGACAUUCAGUUAAAAUGCAAUUACUGUAAAAAUAUGUUUUCAUCUAAGCCAGUAACACUGGAGUGGGAGACAAAAGUGCACCAGUUCUGCAGCACUACAUGUUGUGAUGAUUACAAAAAACUCCAUUGCAUCGUCACUUACUGUGAAUACUGUCAGGAAGAAAAGACGCUGCACGACACCGUGAAAUUCUCUGGAGUCAAGAAGCCAUUCUGUAGUGAAGGUUGUAAGCUGCUGUACAAACAGGACUUUGCAAAGCGGCUAGGAUUGAAAUGUGUAACCUGCAACUACUGCUUCCAGAUGUGCCGGAGAGGAGCAGCUAAGGAGUUUGAUGGCAAGAUGAGAGAUUUCUGCAGUGAUGAUUGCAAUAAAAAAUUCCAGGAUUGGUAUUACAAGGCGGCAAGGUGUGAUUGCUGUAGAACACAAGGAUUACUCAAGGAGAAAGUACAGUGGCGUGGCUCUAUAAAAAACUUCUGUGACCAGCAGUGUUUACUGCGUUUCUACAGCCAGCAAAACGAGCCCAAUAUGGCAACUCAGAAGGGCCCCGAGAAUAUGCAUCUUGACCAAGGUGUUCAAGUUUCAAGGCCAAGACCAACGGUUGCAAAUUCUUCCUGUUCUACUGCAGCACCAAAAGACAUGAAGAAUAAGGCUGUUCUGUGCAAGCCCUUGUCAAUGACAAAGGCCACGUACUGCAAACCUCACAUGCAGACUAAGUCUUGUCAGACAGAAGAAGAUUUGAAUACAAAAUACGUUCCAGUGCCUAUCCCUGUACCUGUAUAUGUGCCGGUGCCUAUGAAUCUCUACAGUCAGAAAGUACCGGCUCUCACUGCGUUACCUUUCCCAGUUCCAGUUCCAGUUUUUGUGCCAUCUCCUUUGGACAAAAUAAAAGACUUGAAUGAAGUGUUUUGUGAGGGAGACUUAUUAAAAGAAGAUGUGGAAUUGAAGGCAGAAGAUGUAGAAUUAAAGGAGGAGGAAGAUGAUCAUGAUGAUGACGAUGAUGAUUUAAAGAUUACACUACCAAAACAGGAAGCAUUAGAGGAAUCCAUGCCUCUGAAAAGAGAAUUGGUGGACGAGAAAAUAGAGGAUGAUGAUCAGUUGGACAGCAAAGUAUUAGAGGAAGGAAGAAGAGUGGCAGGAGAAGACUUAAUGAAAGUAAUAAAGGAUGAAAAAAUAAAAGAAGACUCCUCAUUGAUAGGAGACUUAAAUGAGGAAAAUGACCCAGAAGUGGUAGUAAAAGAGGAUACUUUUCUGAAAGAAAGUCCUCUCCUUCCUGUACCUGCUGUGCUGGACGUGACAGAACCAUUUGCUGAGGAGAAUGCAGUAUGUGACACUCUCGCUGAUGAAGAUGAUCUAAAAAUGGAGGACUAUAAAAUCUGCAGUGCAGAAAGUCCACCAGAGCUGCUAGAUAUACCGUACGAGCCAGAACUGGAUAUUGAAAUUGAUUUUCCCAGAGCUGCUGAAGAACUUGAUACAGAGAGUGAGUUUCUUUUGCCUCCUGUAUUUGGAGAGGAGUAUGAAGAACAGCCUAAACCCAAACCUUUUAAAAAGGGAAUGAAGAGGAAGGCGCUUUCUGAUUACCAGUCUCCCAAUGAGAACUCUGAGUGCGUCUUUCCUCUGAAGUAUUCCUAUGGCAUCAAUGCUUGGAGGCACUGGGUGAAAACACAUACAGCUCAAGAAGACCCACCCGCAGGAGUUGACCUUGGCGAAUGUAAAUCUGUAAGGUUAAAAGAGGAGCUUCUGCAGCACACGGCAAAUAGGCUGGGCUAUUGGCUUUCACGUUUUGUCAAAGAGGUGCGAAGGCCGAAUGGAGAGAGCUAUGCCCCGGAUAGCAUCUAUUAUUUGUGUCUGGGAAUCCAGGAGUUCUUGUCUAGUAGCAAAAGAACAGAUAAUAUAUUUCAUGAUCUGGACUAUCAGGAGUUUGGACAGGCCUUCAAUAAUAUCCUUAGGAGCUGGCAACCCAGUAUUCUUCCUGAUGGCUCCAUGUUCUCCCGUAUUGAAGAAGACCAUUUGUGGCGAGCAAAUCAGCUUGGAACACACUCACCCAUGACCCUCUUAUUCACAUUAUUCUACUUCAAUACAAAGUAUUUUAAUUUGAAGACCGUAGAUCAGCACUUAAGGCUUUCAUUUGGCACCGUCCUGAAGCACUGGAAAAGGAACCCUAUAACACAGGAAAACAAAGCUUGUCUCCAAUACCAAGUAUCCUCAUUGUGUGGGAGUGACAGUGAAGAUAAAAUUACAUCUGGGAAAAGGAAACAUGAGGACGAUGAGCCAGUAUUUGAACAGAUUGAAAACACAGCUGACCCAUCACGUUGCCCUGUAAAAAUCUUUGAGUACUAUCUAGCUAAAAGCCCCCAGAAUCUGAAUCAGAGAAUGGAUGUGUUUUAUUUAAAGCCUGAAAGCUCCGCUACUCCAGAUUCCCUUGUGUGGUUCACAUCCUCUCCUCUGGAUCGAAACACUUUGGAAAACAUGCUUAUACGGGUUUUACUAGUAAAGGAUAUUUAUAACAAAAACAGUUAUGAACUGGAUGAAGACACAGACUAACUCUUGCAAAUGACUAAGCAGUGACAAGAAUGGAAACAGCAUUAGAUAGACAAGCUGCUAGAAUGAUUUACUGAGAACUAAGAGUAAAAACAUUUCAUGUUUACUCCCCAUGUAUUUUAUGAGUUUUGUAGCAGUGUGCCCAGUCUGGGUAUUACAAUGUAUAUAUCGGUGAGACAUUUGCCAUUUUUUGUUUCUCCUCGUAGUGAAUUUUAGGAUACAUAAAACUCAACACACAACUCCUUUUUUCUUUUCUUUUUUUUUUGUGCUUUUUUUUUUUUUUAUUAUUUAUUUGGAUUAGGGAUGUUUGUAACUUUUUACAUGACAAGAUCUGAAUGAGAAUGUGCCAUGUGUAUUUGCUUUUCUCUCCAUAUUGCACAUUUCUGCUGUUGCAAAGCUUUCUGUAACAAGGUUUUACCCAGGUUCUUAAAUUGGUUAAUUGUACAUGAGUUACAUUACGAAGACCUAGUUUAUGCCUUCUCUGGAAUUUUAAAUUUCAAAUGUAAACAAAUAUGGAAUUGUUUUUAUUUUACUUUGGGGGGAACCCCUAUUGGCUUAUAUAGGAAGAAAAGACAACUGUCUGUACCAAAAAAUUUAAGACAAUUUUGAAAAUACUGUCAAUAUUUAUGUACUGUAAUGUGAACCUAUUUUUGUGAUUUUUUUUUUCUUCUUUCACUUACUGUAGGCCUGUUUACUUUUUUCUUUUUCUUUUUCCCAACCCUUCCUUACUUUCUCAUGCUGAUUAAACAUUGCCAUGUAUUUUCUUUAA